CUACAGAACCCAACAUCAGGAAGUGAAGGGCGGUGGUUGAGAGAAAGAGCAGCGCAGGUCCAACUGACAAGUAUCUGGUUGUGUUCAGGUAUAAAACAGUCAAAAUGUCGAGCAAAAAGGCUAAGUCGAGGACCACAAAGAAGCGCCCUCAGCGCGCCACCUCCAAUGUCUUCGCCAUGUUUGACCAGUCUCAGAUUCAAGAGUUCAAGGAGGCUUUUAACAUGAUUGACCAGAACCGUGAUGGGUUUGUGGACAAAGAGGACCUUCACGAUAUGCUGGCCUCACUGGGGAAAAAUCCAACGGAUGAAUACCUGGAGGCCAUGAUGACUGAAGCACCUGGACCCAUCAACUUCACCAUGUUCCUCACCAUGUUUGGAGAGAAGCUCAAUGGAACAGACCCUGAGGAUGUCAUCCGAAAUGCAUUUGCAUGCUUUGAUGAGGAUGGGACAGGUUUCAUCCAAGAGGAUUACCUCAGGGAGCUGCUUACAACAAUGGGCGACCGGUUUACAGACGAGGAAGUGGAUGAACUCUUCAGGGAAGCCCCAAUCGACAAGAAGAGCAACUUCAACUACGUGGAAUUCACACGCAUCCUGAAGCAUGGUGCCAAGGAAAAAGACGAUUAAAGAUCCAUACUAGUGUACUCCCCCCUCCGCCCUUUCCAUCUCCUCCGUCAGCCGGUUCACAGUGCUGCAUGUCUCAACUCUCCAGUAGAAACCCCAUUUAAACAAACCAAAGCAAUAACUAUCCACUACUGUUUGUUGGGAACUUCCAGUUUUGCCAAACAUACGCAUCUCUAAUGAGGAGAAAAAAGAUGUAAUGGGUUUUUAAAAUGUUUUUUUCUGUCAUGUAAAGAUGUAAAGUGGCAGCACCUUGGAAGCUCUAGGGGAUAAGUCUUUGCAAUUCAUGUGAUCCAAUUUAGCUGUAUUUUUACAUUUUAUAAUAUAAACUUUUUAAAUAAAGCCCUCUAUCAAGUUGUAAUCUGCCGCCUGUCCCUCUCCAUAAAUGACAAUUGAAAUAAGA